AUGGCUCGAAUCGCCUUCUUAGCCUUAACUUAUGCAACCCUCAGCUUGUUGGUUUUAACACCUUUCAAUGCCGCAAAUGCGGCGCUAGCACCGUCGUCCGCACCGGAGGAAUAUGCAGCAGGACUCGCCGUGACGGGACUCGCCGCGGGGGCAGCGCCAGCGGCUGCGGCGUUCCCGAUCUGCCCGCGGACGGGCGCACGGCCCGUGAAGCCGACAGUGCCGCCCAUUCGGUGCCUGUCUGCCGCCCAGUACACGUGCUGUAGCUCGUGCGAGGACUUCGUCAUUUCGCUACAGCAGAACGCGGUCAACGCGACGGCGCUUCUCCUGGCCGUAGCGCCCAGCUUGGUGCUGCAGCUGGCGGACUCCACCCUGGGCUCCGACUACCAGUCGUGCGACGUCACGGGGCCUUAUACCGAGGGGCAGUUCAUACUGGAGCAGUUUAUAUGCGGGAUCACGUGUAACCCGGACAGCGGAUCGUACUUCGCGCUGCUCCCCAAGCCCACUGUAUCGGUGUGCAAGAACGUGUCGCAGCAGUUUUACGGCGCCGUGAAGGACGUCACCUUCCCCGGGUUCCCCGGCACGCUCGGCUCGUUUGUGAACAGCCCGGACACGUUCACGCGGCAGCUCUUUCAGGGGUUCGCCAACACAGUGGGCAUCAAGGACUUGCAAGUCAACUUCGUGGAUCCCACCCUCAAGGCCUGCUGGAACAUGACAGGAAGGCCCCUCCCUGCUGCUCAUGGCCACUGCGUGACCCAUUCAUCCUCCCCACUACCCUCACACUUACAGUCCCCUCCGUUCUCUUCCCCCUCCAUAUAUGUCUCUUCCCUCUCUUCCCCCAUCCAGCCCCUUCUCAAGGCCUGUUGGAACAUGACAGGAAGGCCCCUUCCUGCUGCUGCCGGCUGCUGCGACCCAUUCAUCCUCCCCGCCACCUGUCCCCGCAAUCUCCUCGACACCACUGCCCACCCCGAAUACCUCAAAGUGCUCAACCGCACUGUUCCGGACUUUUGCAGCAACCAGACAAACGCCGCCACCCCUCCGUCCGCCUCCUCCCCGCCUGCACCUGGAGAAUCUCCUGCUGGUUCGUCUCCGCCUGCACCUGAAGAAUCUCCUGCUAAUUCGUCCCCGCCUGCACCUGAAGAAUCUCCUGCUAAUUCGUCCCCGCCUGCACCUGAAGAAUCCCCUGCUGCUUCGUCUCCGCCCGCGCCUGGCAGCGGCUCGUUCGCGCAGUCAAUUAUGGGGCAGCGGCGCGUGUAUGCCGGUCGCGGUUCGCCAAUAACGACAGCGCACGCGGGAAGCAGCUCGCCCGUGGCGACAGCGUACUCAAGUAACGGCCUCGUCGCCGAUUCGCCUGCCAGCGGCAAUCGCGGCCGCCAUGGCGAUACCAAGGCGACUCGACAUCUAGAAGAAAAGAGCCUUCAUGACCCGCCGCAAGUCGCGAAGAGCAAGCCCCUCAAGUCGGAGUCACAAGUCGAUUCGCUGCAGCCGCCGCGAAGGAGUGUGGACUGUGACCUGGCGGCGUCGAUUGAUGACGUGGAAAUGGAGGAGGAUGACGCGCACUCGGCGGCAGAAUCGUUUUUCACCGACGGAGGAUCUACCGCGAGUCCUUAUCAUUACUUCCCGGCACGAACGGGCGGAACGGGAGGAGAGGGAGGAGCGUUUAUUCAUAGCCCUUACCAUUACUUUGCGGCAGGAGCGGGAGGAGAUGGGGGAGAGGGAGGAGGAGAAGGAGGAGGAAGUGGAGGGUUCACCAUGAGUCCAUACCGUCGCCUUUCCAAAGAGACGGCAGGAGAGGGAGCAGCGUCGAGCAGUAACCGUUUCCGUUUGUCUGUUGACGGAAGGGGGGCGGAGGAAGACGAGAGGGGAGCGGGAAGAGUGGGGGGAGGGGGCGGAGAAGAAGACGAGGGAGGAGGAGGUGAGGGGAGGGGAGAGGUACUAACAGGAGGGCGCAUGGAUUUUGUAAGGGCAGGCGCAGAAAUAGGAGGAGCAGCAGGGGCAACAGCAGCAGAACCAGCAGCGGCAGGGGCAGGGGCAGGGGCAGUAAUGGGAGGUCUAGACCUUGCAGCUAUAGCAAUGGAGGGGGAGGGGGACGGGGAGGGGGAAAGGGAGAGGGAAGAAAAAGGGGGAGAGGAGGGAGAAAGGAAGGAGUUCGACAACGCGAGUGACGAUAUGACUCUAGACCUCGUGUCUAUAGCCAUGGAUGGGGAAGGGGAGGGUGAGGGGGACACCUCGGACGAGGAGGACCAACGAGACGAUUCGGGCGGCAAAGGCGAACACGAUUGGGAAGGGAAAGGGGAGUUCCCGGAGUUAGGAGCGAUGAGGGGCAGCAGCUUCCUGGAAAGUGCGUUUGUGAGCGGGCGGGCGAAGCAGCAGCUGAGUCUGUCGAGCAUUCUGGCGAGUGGGUUUGGGAGCACUGCGGGCGGCAGUGUGGGCGGCAGUGUGGGCGGCAGUGUGGAUGGUGCAGCGGUUGGAAACAGCUCUGCUGUUGCGAAGCUGACUCAGGAGCUUAAGGCUCGGAAUGCCAACGCUGAGGCUCGGAUUCGCGAGGCCGAAGCACAGAACAGGGAUCUGAAGGCAGACCUGAACAAGUAUGAGGCUCGGCAGCGGGAGCUGGAGGUUCGGCACGAGGCUGCGCAGGCUCGGAUGCAGCAGAUGAGAAAGCAGCUGGCGGAAACACAGGGGGAGCUUUUCCAGGCGCGGCUGGAAGCAGGGGGGAGGGGGAAAGGCGCGGAAGGGGGAGGCGGAGGGGAGAAGGGGGAAGGCGCAGGGGGAGGAGGAGGGGAAGGGGGAAAGCGGAAAAGCCCCUUAGGGGGAAUAGGGCGCGCGCAUGUGACAGGGGGAUAUGCUUCCGCCAUGGCUAAGCUUAUAGAGGAGAUGCAGGAGUGUGAGGCUCGGCACGCCGAGGCUGAGGCUCGGUACAAGGACGCGGAGGCUCGGAUCAAGGAGUCGGAGGCUCGGAAUAGGCUCGGGGAGGUUCGGCACAAGGCGGCAACGCAGUGGCUGGAGAUGACGGAGCAGCGGCUGGUGCUGACUCAGCGCCAGCUCAGCGAGGCCCGGAGCGCAGGUGCAUCAGGAGCAGCAGCGCGCGGAGGAGGCAGCAGAGGCGAUGGGGGAGAUGAGCAGGCGAGUGGCGGAGAGGGUGGAGGAGGAGACAAAUGGGGGAGGCUGACUGCUGUGCGCGGGAAACCCCCUUCCCCAGUGACCUUAUCAACGCACCUGCCUUCUGCCUCAUCCCUCACCUUUCCCUUCCCACAGGCGCAGGCGCAGGUGCAGCAGGAGCAGCAGCGCGCGGAGGAGGCAGCAGAGGCGAUGGGGGAGAUGAGUAGGCGAGUGGCGGAGAGGGUGGAGGAGGAGAGGGUUCUGAGGGCUGAGAUUGAAGCAGCUGCCGUGCGAAGGGUUGAGGAGCUAGAGAGGGAGGGUGGAGGAGCUAGAAAACGAGGUGAGUGCAGCAGUACGGAUGGGUUUGGAUGUGUGCUGAUGGUUGAGAAGUGGGGUGACCGACAAGGCAAGGUGGAAGAGAGUGUGGAGAAGGAGAGGGUUCUGAGGGCGGAGAUUGAAGCAGCUGCUGUGAGAAGGGUGGAGGAGCUCGAGAAAGAGCUGGAAUUGUUAAAAGCUGAUUCGCUACAGCGUUUGAAGGCUUUGCAGUGUGAACUGGAAGGGAGGGCAGAGCAGCAGAGGGAGAGGGAGAGGGAAAGGGCGAGGGAGAAGGAGAGAGAGAUGGCUGAGGAGAGGGAGAGAGAGGGGAGGCAGAUGGAGGUGAAGUGGAGAGAGUCUGAGGAGGGAAGAUGUCGGGCAGAAGAAAGGUUGCAGCGGGCAGAGGAGGAGAGGGCAGCGGCAGAAGAUGCAAAGAAGCGGGCACAGGAGGAAAAAACAGCAGCAGAAGAGGCGAAAAAGCGGGCCGAGAGGGCGAAGAGGCGAGUAGAGUCAGAGCGAAAGGAAGCAGUGGAAGAGAGGGAUAGGAUCAGAGAGGAUAAGGAGAGAGCUAUAGAGGAGAGAGAUCGAGCAGUGAAGGAGAGAGACAGAGCUGUAAAGGAAAGGGAGGAGGCCAUAGGGCGAGAGAAGAGGGCUGAAGAAGGAAAGGAGGCGGCAGAGAGGAGGGUGACGGAGGGUGAUGAACGGUUGAGACAGGUGGAGGGUAGAGUGAGGGAAUUGCAAGUGAGGGAGAAGGAAUUGGAGGAGGAGGGGAGGAGGUGGAGGGAGGUGGUUGGUGAGGUGGAGAGGGAGAGGGAUGGAGUGGUGAGUGAGAAAGGGAGGUUGGAGGAGAGAGUGAGGGGGCUUGAGAGAGAGAAAGGGAAGACGGAAAGGUGGAUAGAGGAGGUUCGGAGAGAGAGGGAGGAGAUAGGAAGGAGGGUAGAUGAGAUGAUGAAGAGUAAGGGGGAGCUAGAGAGGAGGUUGGAUGAGGUAGUGAGGGAGAGAGGGGAGGGAGAGAGGGAGAGGGAUAGUGUGAUGGAAGGGAAAUGGGCGGUUGAACAGAGACUGGCAAUUGUGACUGCAGAGAGGGAAGAGGUUGAGAGGAAGUGUGCUUGUAUCGAAAGGGAGAAGCGUGAGAUUGAGGAAGCCAAGGGUGUGAUUGAAACGAGGGCUGCUGGGGCUGAGACGGAGGUGCGUUUGUUGCAGUCACAGAAGGGAGAGAUGGAACGGCAGGUGCUUCUGUUACAGUCACAAACAAGUGAGAUGCAGAAGAAAGUACUUUCGUUAGAGUCACAAAAGAGUGAGUUGGAGGAGAGGGUGGGCGAGAAGGAGAGGCGAGUGAAGGACCUGGAGGGGACCCUGCAGCAGAGGGCUCAGGAGAUUUCAACAAAAGCCCAGGAGAUUCUGCAGAAGGCUCAGGUGGUUUCUCAGGUGCAGCAGGAGAUAGGGAAGCUGAAGAAAGGGAUGAGGGAGAAGGAGAGAGAGUUGGGAAGGAUGGAGAGAGAAGGGAAGGAGAGAGAGAGGAGGGUGGUUGAGAUGGAAAAGCAAUUGGGAGAGAAGGAAAAGGAGAUAGGGGAGAUGAGGGAGAGGAUGGAAGGGAGGGGGAAAGAGAUUGCUGUUUUGGAAGGGAAACUGAAGGAGAAAGAGGAGGCGAUUGAAGGGUUUGCAGCGCGGUUGAGAGGGAAGGAAGAGGAGAUUAGUGAGUUGAAGAGCAGAGAGGAAGGGAGGGAGAGGGUGGUUGAAGGCAUUGAGGCCGAUGUGAGGAGCAAGGGAGAGGAGAUUAGAGAGUUGAAGAGUGGAUUGGAAGGGAGGGAGAGGAAGGUGGGGGAGAUGAAAGCAGUGGCGGCAGAGAGGGAAAGAGCAGUGGAGAAUUUGAAAGAGCAGGUGCGGAAGGGGGGGAAGGAGGCGGAUGGUUUAAAGGCGGAGGUAAGGGAACGGGAGAGGGAUAUUGCCGGCUUGCAAAUAGCUUUGAGUGAAGCGCAGGUGGCUUAUAGCGAGUCGCAGGAUGCUUUAGAGAGGACAAGGGAGUCUCUGAGUGUGUCUGAGCAGGCGCUAAGUGACGCCAGGUUGGAAUCCGCCGCCCUGAAGGAGCACCUGGCGGACCUGGAAAAACACCUGGCGGCAACAGAGAGGCAGGUGGGCGCGAAAGACGAGCACCUGAGCGGGAUUGCGAGGCACCUGGCGGCCACAACAGAGGACCUGGCUGCUGUUCAGGCAGACCGGGCAGCAGCGCAUGAGGAGGCGGAGAGGCUGAGGGGAGAGGUGGAGCGGUUAGGAGGAGAGGUGGAAUGGCUGGGGGGAGAGGGAGAGCGGUUGAGGGAAGAGGGUGAGGGACUGAGGAAAGAGUUGAGGAAUGUUCAAGGGCAGCUUGAGGAAUCACAAGGAGAGGUGGAGCGUAGGAGAGGCGAGGGAGAGAGGUUGAGAGAAGAGAGGGAUGAAGCUAGAAAGAAGGUAGGGGUUGUGCAAGGGGAGGUUGCAGCAGCACAGGAGGAGGUGGAGAGGUUACGAGGAGAGGUGGAGCGGUUGAGAGGAGAGAGGGAGGAGCUGAGAGGGAGGCUGGGUAGUGUUGUGGAAGAGAAGGAGACUAUAACGAGGGAAGCUGGUGUGCUUAGAGAGGGGAAGGUGGCUGUAGAGAGGGAAAGGGAGGAGCUGAGAGGGGAGGUGGGGGCAGUAAGGGAGAUGCUUGCAGCAGCAGAAGCAGAGAAGAGGGGUUUGGAAGGGAGGCUGAGAAGGGCUGAGGAGGAGAGAGAGGAGGCGAGGAUGGGGAUGGGUGUGGUGAGUGAAGAGGUGGAGAGGCAGUGUGGGUUGAUAGCAGCAGGGGAAGAGGAGAGAAAGAGAAUGAAAGAGGAGUUGGGAAGGGUGGAGGGAGAGAGGAAGAGGCUUGACGAAGAGGUGGGGGUGUUGAGAAGAGAGGAGGAGAAGCUUCAGGGGGAGGUUGCAAGGGUCUUAGAGGAGAAGGAGCAAGCGUUGGGAAAAGUGGAGAGGGUUUCUGGUGAGUUGGAGCAAGAGAGGUGUGAGAUGGAGCGAGUAUCAAGUGAGUUGAAGCGAGAGAGGUGUGAGAUGGAGCGAGUAUCAAGUGAGCUGAAGCGAGUUUCAAAGGAGUUGCAAAAAGAGAGGAGCGAGGUGGGGAGAGUAUCGAGUGAUUUGCAGCAAGCUACGGUUGAGUUGGAGGGGUUGAGAGCGGCACUGGGUGGUGCGGAGGAGAGAGUGAGGAAUGGGGAGGAGAGAGGGAGCGAGUUGGAGGAACGGUUGAAUCAGGUCGAGUCCGAUGCAGAGCGGUUGAGAGAGCGGGUGGAGGGGCAGGAAAGGGAGAAAGUGGAGCUUCUGCAGCUGCUGGGGGAAGUGAGGGAGGGAGAGAGAGAGCUAGAAAAGCAGGUUGCACAGGUGAGGGAGGAGUUAGAGAGAGUGAGGGAGGAGUGUGGGAGAAUAGAGGGGGAGAGGAAGAGAGAGGAGGAGCAGAGGGUGAGAGUGGAGAGAGAGAGGGAUGGAACGAAGAGGGAAGGAGAGGAGAAGGAGAAGGAGCUAAAGCAGGAAUUGGAAGAAAGGGAACGAGAUCUGGAGGUAUCAAGAAAAGAAGCAGAGGUGUUGCGAGGUGAAAUGAGAUGUGUUAGCGAGGAGUUGAGUGCGGUGAAAAGAGAGGUAGAGAAGAAGAGAAAAGAGUUGGAGAAGAAGAAAGGAGAGCUUGAGGGGGUGAGGGGUGAGCUAGAGGGCAGGAUCAGAGCUCUAGAGACCACAAGAAGCAACCUGGAAACUGCAAGGAACGAUCUGGAAAAGAGCGAAAGGGAACUGGAGGGAACCAGGGAGGAGUUGGAGAGGGUAAGGGGGGAGUUGGAGCUUGCGGGAAGGUAUGGGAAGCAGCAAGAGGAGAGGGCUGCUGAGCUGGAGAGUCGAUUGGGUGCAGCAGAGAAGAGCCUUAGAGGGAAAGAGAGUACUCUGAGAGAGAAGCAGGAGAUUAUUCAGGGGCUUCAGGAUUUGGUGGUGAGCUUGCAGACAGCUAAGGAGGCACUGCAAGAGGAGAUGGUGGGGCGAUUGGCGGAAGUAAAUGAGAAUUUAAGUGCGAAAGAGAAGGUUUUAUGUGAGAAGGGAGAGGAGAUUUUGGGGCUUAAAGACCUGGUUGUGGGUUUGGAAGGGAGUAAGAAGGGGUUGGAGGAGGAAAAAGAGGUUUUGGAAGGGCGGAUUGAGGGGUUGAGGGAGAGGAUUGGAGAGGCGGAGAGGCGCGUUGAUGAGGUGGAGAGGGAGAGGGAUGACGUGGCGGCAAGGGCGGCUGCCAGGGUGGCGGAGGCCGAGGGCGACGUGGCGGAGAAGCGCGCUGAGCUGGCGCUGGCGAAUCAGGAGCUGGCGGUGCGCGCGGGGCAGAUUGCUGAGCUGUCGUCGCAACUGGACGAGGCCAAGGCGACUGUGAAGCAUCAUUCGGACCGCAUUCGGAUGCUGGACAUGGUGUGUGCGGUGAGGGAGGAGGAGAUGAAGAAGCUUGAGGAGCAGCAAGGGGCGGCAAGGCAGGAGGCAUUGGAGAGAGUAAUGGACCGCGACAAACAGAUCGCUGAUUUGAGAGCCAAGCUGCAAUCUGAGUCGUCCAAUGUCUUUGAGGCACGAAACAGGAUUCAAGCUUUGGAGCGAGCAAAGCAGCGCAUGCAAGCAUCACUGACCGAGGCGCAGCAGCAAAUAGGGGCAGCAAUAAGGGAGAGGGAUGAGGUGAAGGCAGAGAUUGCAAAGCUGAGAGUGAAGUGGGCUGUGCCGUCACCUGCAGGGAACAACAUAAAGCCGUCGGCUAUCAAAGCAAAGCAGUUGCAGUGA